AUGAGAUCCGUUGCAUUGAAAGAUGUUGAACAAGACAAGGUCGUCAAGACCGUUGCUUUCCACUUAAAGAAAAUUGGCAAGGUUAAGGUGCCAGAACAUAUGGACUUAGUGAAGACAGGUCGUUUUAAAGAGCUAGCUCCUUACGACCCUGACUGGUUCUAUGUCCGAUGUGCUGCUGUUUUACGCCACAUUUACAUUAGAUCUCCAGUUGGAGUCAAGACCGUCACUAAAAUCUUUGGUGGUCGAAAACGUAAUGGUGUCACUCCUUCACACUUUUGCAGAUCAUCUGGUAGCAUCGCACGUAAAGCACUCCAAGCUUUAGAAGCCCUCAAACUUGUAGAAAAGGUCCCUGAUGGUGGUCGUAUCCUUACUGUGCAGGGAAGACGUGAUCUUGACAGAAUUGCUGCACAAGUCCGCCACAAGGCCAAACAACAAGCUAAGCAACAAGUUCUUGUUCUAUAA